AAGAGAUCGGUGUGUACUAUGGUCCAGACAGCUACAGCAUGGCACGCUGGUUCGCGCAUAAUCCCCUUCUUUCUAAUUAACCACAUUUAAACCGAACAACCAAUCCACGAUACCACAUACGCCAAGAUCACAGCAUAAGAAGCUGAGAACUCAUUAUACUAAUAAUCAGGUCCAGAAGAAUAUCCAGCGAUCGAUGGUUACUAUGGAUGGGAACGCAUAUAAGAUUGCUCCUUGGGGUUGCUUCACGGAGUUCCUUUAAUUUGCAACUGUGUCUUGAUCAACACAGCUCAGGUAAAAGGGAGACAUACUCCAGCUCGAGGACACUGAAGAAGCUGAAGGAUGGAGAAGGUGCUUUUAUGGAUGGCUUUGAUUAUGGUAACUUCAGUUGGUUUUUGCAAGGGUGAUCAAGAUUUUGUUGCAGAAGGUGGAUACAUCAAGAUAAAACGUAGCACAUUUGCAGUAGUAAUAGUUUUCACAGUCAUGCUGAUUGCUCUUAUCAUUGCACUCAUGAGAUACAUGAGCAAAAAGAGCAAAGCUGAUGAGACCAUUGACUCAACAAGAUCUUCUCAAGACAACAAGGUUCAUGGGGAGGUGAUCAACAGGUGGUCAGGGCUGUACAAGUUCAGCAAGGGCGAGAUCGAGAAGGCGAUAAACUACGCGAACAGCAAGAUCUGCCUUGGCUCCGGUAGCGCAGGCCAGGUAUACCAAGGAGUGCUACCGAGUGGUCAGCUUGUUGCGAUCAAGCACAUCCACAAGUCGGCCAUGUCCGGGUCCUUCAUGAGGGAGGUGGAAGGCCUUUCCAAGGUGAGGCACCCCAAUCUGGUCUGCCUCUUUGGCUACUGUGAUGAUGGGGGUGACCAGUACCUUGUGUAUGAGUAUUGUGCCAAUGGAAACCUGGCUCAGAACCUUCUAAGGAGUGACUCUGUGCUGUCCUGGCCAGCAAGGGUGAAGAUUCUGAGGGAUUGUGCAUCUGUCUUGAGGUUUCUUCACACACACCCUGAUGGAUGCAUUGUUCAUAGAGACAUUAAGCUCACUAACAUCUUACUGACAGAGAGCAUGGAGCCCAAGUUAUCUGAUUUCGGGCUGGCGAAGAUGUUGCAAAUGGAGGAGACUAAAGUUUUCACAGAUGUGAGAGGGACCAUUGGCUACAUGGAUCCAGAGUACAUUACACAUUCCAAGCUUACUUGUGCCAGUGACAUCUACAGUUUUGGUGUGGUUGCACUGCAGCUCCUGUCAGGAAGGAAGGUCAUUGAACUUGACACUGUUGCCAGGGAUUCCCUUACAAAGAAGGCCAGGGAUGUGGUGAGCGGGAAAAAACCAUUGGACGAAUUCAUAGACCCCCGUGUUAGAGACGAGGUUAACAUUGAAGAUUUCGUGUUGAUAUUGAAAAUUGCGGUCCUCUGCGUGGCGCAUUCAAGUGUAGGGCGUCCAACAAUAAAGGAUGUUUUUGAGGAGAUGGACAAAGCAUUGACGAAUACAGAUUCAAAGGUUGGCAGAGCGAGAGAAGAGAUAAACCCAUCCAGUACAAUCCAGUAUCAGUAUGCAACGGGGCUUAACAUAGUAUAGUGUACAUUUCCAGAAGUUACAAACAGUUUCUUGCAUGGAGUUUCAGUUGAAUGGAAUUUCCAAGGCUGCACUUUGAAAUUGGACUGUAAGAAAGAUAAGAGAGCUAUGCCAAACUAGUAUUGUACUUGCAACGGUGUUGGCCCUGCAACUAGUGGUUGCUUAUGGGUGAUGUAAGUAUAUAUAUAUAUAUAUAUAUAUAUAUAUAUGUACAUGAGCAAGUUAAGAACCUAGAUAAAAUAGUACUAGAUCCAUUAUUAAAUAGUACUUGAUAGGAUUGACUGAAAUAUCAGUAUUAUGAAAGUACUUGAAACUUAUAAAUAUUUUCUCAACAAUAAACUUACAAAUAUUUAAAACUCUACACUAUUAUGAAAGCACGAUGCAAACAUAUGAGUUUUACGAUUCAGGAUAUGAUUAAAACUGGAUCCCUACUUGAGAUGAACUUGUUUGCUUUUUCUUGGGACGACGUUUAGUUGUGUUUUUUUUUGUGUAAGUUCCCAACUUCUCCUUAUUUGUUUUCCGCUCGCACGCUUCCCAAACCGCUAAACGGAGUAUUUUUUUUAAAAAAGAGUUUUCUAUAAAAAAGUUGCUU